AUGCAGCAUGACCCAAAAGCAACCCUGUGUGACAACCAUCAAGUGUGUGUCUAUUACCCCAAAAAUGUUAAGGACAUUCCAGUUCCAAUAAAUCCACCAGCAGUCCCAAUGUUAAAAUCAACAACCACGACAACAUCAUCACCCUGUGAACCAUCAAGAAGUAAAAUGACGAUAACCGCCGCCAAUACGACGACAACGUCCACCGCCGGCGGUGAACCGGUUCACCAACAACCAUCAGUCACAACCAAAACAUCAAAUAAUAGACUUAGUAAUUUCUCAGUAGCCAGUUUGCUGGCUGAUACCAGGCCGAGUGUGGAACGCAAUUCGCCACCAGUCACAAGUGACGAGGAAUACGAUUCCCACGAAGACGAGAACUCAAUAGUAGACAUUGAGGAUGUAGAAGAACCUUCAAAAAAAUCAUCAGACGAUGAAGAGUCGCGUAAAAAAUCCCUGGACAAACAAUCUGGUUCAGAUGGUGAAACGAGUCCGAGAAAAUCACCAGAAUUUUUCAUCCCUGGAACGCCAAUCAGGCCAACUCCUUUCUCUGCUUUGGCAGCUGCCUGGGGUCAAGGUGUGCCUAUUUUUGGAGUUCCUCCUGGUGGUUCUGGAGUUCCUGGUUCGGGACCGCCGCCGGGAAUGUCGGGGUCGCAUCCUGGAAUGUCGGGGGCUACCGGAGUUCCACAAGGGGGUUGGCAGAGGAAUCCUUUUAUUGGGGGACAUCCUAUGUUUCAAGUUUCUGGACAGGGACAAGUUUUUGGACACGGCAGUGGGAACGAUUCCAACGAGCCUCCAAGACUAAAAUGCAAUCUCCGCAAACACAAGCCAAAUCGCAAACCGAGAACGCCCUUCACAACCCAACAACUGCUAUCCUUAGAAAAAAAGUUCCGAGAAAAACAGUAUUUAUCCAUAGCCGAAAGGGCAGAAUUUUCCAGCUCCUUAAGACUGACGGAAACCCAAGUGAAAAUCUGGUUCCAAAACCGAAGGGCAAAAGCGAAAAGGUUGCAAGAAGCUGAAUUGGAAAAGAUUAAAAUGGCAGCUCUGGGAAGAGUGGCGGCUGUCGGCGCAGCCGGCGGACCGAACAGCGCACUUUACAUGGGAUACUUUCACCCUGGUUUGAUGGGCGGGUUGCCGCAUAUGUAA